UACAACAAAGGCUUGAUUCCUUGCUUCCAUGCUUUAAACAAACAUAACUACCACAACUCUCUCCAUCUCCGUCUCCAUCUCAAAAUUCCCCAGUAGCAUCUUGACUCUUUUAAAGUAGCUCAGAAUAACCUUCAACUUUCAAAGUUUUGUUUGCAAUGGCGAUCUCGACUCUGCUUGGUCCCCUUUUUGUUUUACUUUUAUCAACUGCUUUGGCUACUACAAACGCUAACACAGAAGGGGAUGCUCUAUACGCGUUGAGAAGAGCUGUUAAGGAUCCACAAGGUGUUCUUGAAAGCUGGGAUCCGACUCUGGUGGAUCCUUGUACUUGGUUUCAUGUCACUUGUGACUCUGAUAAUCGGGUUACCCGUCUAGACCUUGGAAAUGGAAAGCUGUCGGGCAGACUAGUCCCCGAGCUGGGGAAGCUAGAACGUUUGCAAUAUCUGGAACUAUACAUGAACAACUUGGUGGGUCCUGUACCGGAGGCACUUGGAGGACUUAAGAGCCUUAUUAGCUUUGAUCUUUAUCACAAUAACCUUACCGGGCCCAUCCCUUCUUCACUCUCAAGCCUCUCUAAUCUCAAAUUCUUGAGACUUAACGGUAACAGAUUGACUGGAAGGAUUCCAAGGGAUCUUACCAAACUUGGAAGCCUCAAGAUCCUUGAUGUGUCAAACAAUAAUUUGUGCGGAACAAUUCCGACAUCGGGCUCGUUCUCAAAGUUCUCAGAGGAAAGUUUUAUGAAUAAUCCAAGACUAGAGGGACCAGAAUUGAUGGGAUUUGUGAGAUACGAUGUAGGAGGAGACUGUAAAUGACGCACCAAAGAACAAAGAGGCAACAACCACCUUGACCAAUUCCAUAAUAAUGUCUCUUUAUAUGGAAAUGGCUACAUAUUUUUCUAAUUUUAGUGACUGAUUAGGGCAUUACAACAAGAUAGUGUUCUUGUAAUUUAGCGGAGAUAUCCUUAUCUUCACGCAUGUGAUAUUAAGUUUCAGCCAUCUGUAUUUGUUUUUUUCCUCUUAUAUAUAUAUAAAUAAUAUAGUAUAUAUCUUUUGC